CGGGCCCUGGGUGACAGCCGUGCCCUCGCUGCGCAGAUGUGGAAAGCGGUCGUGGGACACGACGUGUCAGUGAAGGUGGAGCCUCAGGGGGACGACUGGGACACGGACCCCGAUUUCGUGAACGACAUCUCCGAGCGGGAGCAGCGCUGGGGAGCCAAAACCAUCGAGGGCUCCGGCCGAGCCGGGCACAUCGACAUCCACCAGCUGAGGAACAAGGUGUCAGAGGAACAUGAGGUCAUCAAGAAGAAGGAGAUGGAGACUGGCCCCAAGGCCUCCUACGGCUACGGAGGCAAAUUCGGAACGGAGCGGGACAGAAUGGAUAAGUGUGCAGUGGGACACGAGUACGUUGCUGAUGUUGGGAAGCACUCCUCGCAGACGGACGCAGCCCAGGGCUUUGGGGGAAAGUUUGGAGUCCAGCGGGACCGAGCUGACAAGGCUGGCAGACCAGAGCCAGAAAUCCUGGAAGCUGGCUGGCUGUGUCUGCUUUCUCAUCGUCCCUGCCGCUCUCCUUCCUCCCCUCUGCUCCUUCCCAGUGCUGCUCCCCUUAUCUCCUCACCAGGCCCGCGCUGGGGGCAGUGUUUCACUCCAUGCACCGUCACAGAUUACUCCAAGGGCUUUGGUGGCCGUUACGGGGUGGAGAGGGACAAGGUGGACAAGGCGGCCGUGGGGUUUGACUACAAGAGCCAGGCGGAGAAGCAUGACUCUCAGAAAGAUUACGCUGUGGGCUUUGGUGGGAAGUUUGGGGUCCAGAGGGAUCGUCAGGACAAGAACGCCCUUGGCUGGGAUCAUCAGGAGGAAGUGCAACCCCACUCGUCCCAAACAGACUAUGCCAAGGGGUUUGGAGGCCGGUAUGGGGUCCAGAAGGAUAGAGUGGAUAAGAGUGCUGCUGGCUUCGAUGAGAUGGCAGCUCCCACCUCCUCCUACGAGAAAACAAGACCUCUGGAGGCAGGAGCUUCCAGCGGCACCAGCAGCCUGCGGUCGCGGUUCGAGCACAUGGCCAGGUUGGAGGAGGAGGAGAGCAGGAGGCGGGCGGAGCAGGAGGAGGAGAAGCUGCGGCGACAGCCCCGGCAGGUCCCGGCACCGCGGGGACAGCAGGAAAUCCCACCAGGAGGGAAGGGGCACACCGGGGCAGCCCCUCCUGCCCUGCCAGCACAGGUACCCGGGAGUGCCCAAGGAGACCAACCUGUGCCACCAGGAGAGCAGGAGGCCAGGAGGGAGGACGAGGAGACACCACCCACUCUGCCACCACGGCCGGCAGAUCUGGGCGCAGAGCUGUGCAAGGUCCCCAGCCAGGAUCAGCCCAUCUACAGCGAGAGUUUGGAUGUUGGUGGAGACUACGAGGAGCUGCCAGAGCCCUCUGACUACUGUGACAUUACCAGUGGAGGUGCUGAGUACGAGGAGCUGCCGGCCCCACUGGGAAAGCUGGAUGCUAUCUACGACCUUGGGGAAGCUGGAGGAGAAGACUAUGAGGUGAUCCUUCCUCAGGAGCACAGCCAGAGCCAGCCCCACCUGGCCAACCUGGGAGUUGUUCAUGAGGGGCAGCACCUCGGGACCUGUGCAGUGGCUCUCUACGAUUACCAAGGAGAGGGAGACGAUGAGAUUUCCUUCGAUCCCGACGACACAAUCACGCACAUCGAGAUGGUGGAUGAAGGCUGGUGGCGGGGGCAGUGCCACGGCAGGGUCGGCCUCUUCCCAGCAAAUUACGUGAAGCUUCUGCAGUGAAACGAGCACUGGGCAAGCUGCUCCCUUCCAAACUUCUGCCUCUCUCUGCUUCAGCCUCUUCCAUGUUAUCAGCUUCAUUUGGUGUGUCCACACUUCAGAGAAAUCUCGGGGAGCAAACUGGCAGUGCCUGAGGGGAUGUUUUGUCUUGUGCCCAAGAGGAUUUUGGUUCCCAUCCGCUUCCAGGUGGGAAAGGUGGGAUGGUUUAAGAGCAUAUGAGUGUGAUAUAUAAGGUGUCUCUUCCACCCAGGCUGCCACACCUGUCACCUGGCAAACCUGCAGGAGCGUGUCCCGUUCCCAGCGGGGCAAUUCCCAGAGCAGAAACACUGACUCUGGUCCAGGCAGGGCAGAAGGGACGUGAGCUGUGGGACCUCCUUCAGCUGCUGUAGCCCUGGAUCUCAUCCUAGCCAGGGUUCUAAAGAAAAAAGAGCACUGGGAAAGUCAAAUUUGCCUUUGUUGCCGGGAAGGGUUUGCAUUUGCAGGAUGGAGCAGAGAAACGUGAACGUGGUCUGUGUGCCCCUUUUGGGCGCUGGUAUGUCUGUCCCUGGGGGCUGUGCCCUCCCUUUUGGGCACAGGUGUGUCAGUGUGUCUGUCCCUGGGGCCUGUGCCCUCCUUCCCAGCUGCAGCAAUAAACAGCUUCUGCUCUGGCCUGGC